UCAUGUCGGAUUCAUGUCAACGACAACAACAGGGGGACCCAAAAUGGCGGCGGUUUAGCUCCUACCCCUGGCGGCAGCGGUGGCGGCGCCUCCCCCGGGAAGGGGCAGAAGCGGCGGCGGCGGCGGCGGCCCUCGCUUUGGCGGCGGCGUUGGUGGCAGCGCCCCCGGCAGGCGCGACCAGAUUUACCUGAAGUUCUGGAGAAUCUCCUACUUGGCUAGGAUCUGGGCAAACAUCUUCCACUGCAUCUGGUCUCGUUUGCUUUCCCGAUUAAAGAUGUCCUUAACCUGAGCGCAGUUUUUCCCAGUUGAAGGAAAUCCAGCAGGAUUUCAACAUAGCAGUACACCCAUCACCUUUUUAAUAUUUAAGGAUGGAUAUUUGUGAGGUGUUCCUGAACAGAGCUUGGAAAUCUCUGGUGAUUUUUUAAGUUGUGACUGACUUCUGCAGAUGCAGGUGAUGUUCAGAUCUAAGGAGAAUAUCUAUGGGUAACUCUUGGCUGGAAGAAAUCAUUAAUCAACCAUGGUAAAACUUGCCAACCCACUUUACACAGAGUGGAUUCUUGAAGCUAUACAAAAGGUCAAAAAGCAGAAGCAGAGGCCAUCCGAAGAGAGAAUUUGCCAUGCAGUGUGUGCUUCCCAUGGAUUAGAUAAGAAGACGGUCUCUGAGCAGUUGGAGCUAAGCGUUCAAGAUGGCUCUGUUCUCAAAGUUACCAACAAAGGCCUUGCGUCCUAUAAGGACCCAGACAAUCCUGGGCGUUUUUCUUUGGUUAAACCAGGCACUUUUCCGAAAUCAGCUAAGGGGGCUAGGGGGUCAUGUAAUGAUCUUCGCAAUGUGGAUUGGAAUAAACUUUUAAGAAGAGCAAUUGAAGGGCUCCAGGAACCAAAUGGCUCCUCCCUGAAAAAUAUUGAGAAGUAUCUCCGAAGUCAAAGCGAUUUAUCAAGCACUACCAACAACCCCGUCUUUCAGCAACGAUUACGACUCGGGGCCAAACGUGCUGUAAAUAACGGGAGGUUACUGAAAGAUGGACCUCAAUAUAGAGUGAAUUAUGGUAGUUUAGAAGGCAAAGGAGCCUCAAAAUAUUCCAGUGCUUUCCCGUCCUCUCUACCACCUGUCAGCCUUCUACCCCAUGAGAGAGACCAGCCUCGAGCUGAUCCCAUUCCAAUAUGUAGCUUCUGUUUGGGGACUAAAGAAUCAAAUCGUGAGAAAAAACCCGAAGAGCUCCUUUCUUGUGCAGACUGUGGCAGUAGUGGACAUCCAUCGUGUUUAAAAUUCUGUCCUGAGUUGACCACCAAUGUAAAGGCCUUACGAUGGCAGUGUAUUGAAUGCAAGACAUGCAGCGCGUGUAGAAUCCAAGGCAAAAAUGCAGAAAAUAUGCUUUUUUGUGACUCUUGCGAUAGAGGGUUCCAUAUGGAGUGUUGUGACCCACCGCUUUCCAGAAUGCCCAAAGGAAUGUGGAUUUGCCAAGUCUGCAGACCAAAGAAAAAGGGAAGAAAACUGCUUCAUGAGAAGGCUGCACAAAUAAAACGACGAUAUGCAAAACCUAUUGGACGACCGAAAAAUAAACUAAAGCAACGAAUGUUGUCUGUAACCAGUGAUGAAGGAUCCACGAAUGCAUUCACAGGAAGGGGGUCACCUGGUAGGGGUCAAAAGACUAAAGUCUGUACCACACCUUCAUCUGGUCAUGCUGCAUCUGGGAAGGACUCGAGCAGCAGAUUGGCUGUUACAGACCCCUCUCGGCCUGGUGCCACCACCAAAAUCACCACCACCUCCACCUACAUAUCUGCCUCUACACUUAAAGUUAACAAGAAAACCAAAGGGCUCAUUGAUGGCCUGACUAAGUUUUUCACACCAUCCCCCGAUGGUCGCAGAUCACGAGGUGAAAUAAUAGACUUUUCAAAGCACUAUCGUCCAAGGAAAAAGGUCUCUCAGAAACAGUCAUGCACUUCUCAUGUGUUGGCUCCAGGUACCACCCACAAACUAAAACCUCCACCUUCUUCACUGUCACCCCCAACUCCCAUCUCUGGUCCGAGCCCCCGUCCACAAAAAUCCGGCACUUGCUCUUCUUCUAACUCUCCCGAGAGUUCUGCCAGUCAGUCAAGUGGGCCCUCCUCCAGCAGGCUCCUUAAUAACAGCCAGCUGAAGGGGCUCUUUGAUGGACUCUCUCAUAUCUAUGCCACCCAGGGUCAGUCUCGAACAAAGGGACGCCCCAGUUACGCGCCACCUAGACGGACGCGUCGUGUGCCUGAGUUACCUUCCGCCGCAAAAGCGCCCGCCCGUUUCUUUGGGAAGAAAACCAUUAGGAACAGGUUCAUUUCGCAUUCCUCUGCCUCUGGAUGGGGGAUGUCCAGAGGAUGUGCUUUUAAAGCAAUUGCUCACUUCAGACGAACCACUUUCCUUAAAAAGCGCAGGAUGCUAGGCAGAUUAAAGUAUAAGGCGACCCCUCAGGUGGGGGCCCCCUCACCAGGGAAGGGGAGCUUGGCAGACGGAAGGAUUAAACCCGAUCAGAACGAUGAUACUGAAAUCAAAAUAAACAUCAAACAAGAAAGCGCAGAUGUAAAUGUGGUUGGAAGCCAGGACGUUGUUUCGGAAGAGGAUUUGGAUGUCUUUAAACAGGCACAGGAACUCUCUUUAGAGAAAAUAGGUUGUAAAAGUGGUGUGGAGUCAAAUGGCCGGUACCCUUCGGUAAUAGAAUUUGGAAAGUUUGAAAUCCAGACCUGGUACUCUUCGCCAUACCCACAGGAAUAUGCAAGAUUGCCAAAGCUUUACCUGUGUGAAUUCUGUCUGAAGUAUAUGAAAAGUAAAAACAUUUUGCUAAGACAUUCAAAGAAGUGUGGAUGGUUUCACCCUCCAGCAAAUGAAAUCUACAGGAGGAAUGACCUUUCAGUAUUCGAGGUUGAUGGAAAUGUGAGCAAAAUUUACUGCCAAAACCUUUGUUUGCUAGCCAAGCUCUUCCUGGACCACAAAACAUUGUAUUAUGAUGUUGAGCCGUUCCUUUUUUACGUUCUUACAAAAAAUGACGAGAAGGGCUGUCAUCUGGUUGGAUACUUUUCUAAGCCCAUUACUUGGAAGCCCAGAGAAUUAGCCAUUGAGCUUCACCCAAAUGACAACUGUUGCCAUUUGACAGAUUCUCUCUGUCAAUCAGGUGGACAUGAUGAGAUCAGAGCUCCCAGGACAGGCUCAGGGGCAGUGGAAAAGCUUUGCCAGCAGAAGUACAAUGUCUCCUGCAUAAUGAUUAUGCCCCAAUACCAAAGGCAAGGAUUUGGAAGGUUUCUCAUCGAUUUCAGUUAUUUGCUUUCUCGAAGAGAAGGACAAGCAGGAUCUCCUGAAAAGCCCCUGUCUGAUCUGGGUCGUCUCUCAUAUCUGGCCUACUGGAAGAGCGUCAUAUUAGAAUACCUCUAUCACCACCACGAGAAACACAUCAGCAUCAAGGGGAUCAGCCGGGCUACUGGCAUGUGUCCUCAUGAUAUUGCCACAACUCUGCAGCAUCUCAGUAUGAUUGACAAGAGAGAAGAAAAAUUUGUAAUCAUUAGAAGGGAGAAGCUGAUAUCCGGCCAUAUGGAGAAGCUGAAAACCAAUGCCCGCAUUAAUGAACUUGACCCUGAGAGUCUAAGGUGGAUGCCAUUGUUGGUUUCUAAUGCAGCAGUUUCUGAAGAAGAGCUUGAAACUGAAAAAGAGGCUGAACAUCUUAUGGAGCAAGCUGGCUCUUGGGAAAAAGAAGAGCGAGAAGUCGAAGCAACCCGAACUAAUACCAAGCAAUCACCUGCAAAAGUACAAUCAAAAAAUCAAUAUUCGCCUUCUCCGGAGACCGUAUCUGUGUCUGGGGAGCGAGGGCAGUUGACAGAGCCAUCUAAAGAAAGCAGUGAAGAGGAGGAGGAGGAGGAAGAGGAGGAGGAGGAGGAGGAAGAAGAGGAGGAGGAGGAAGAGGAGGAGGAGGAGGAAGAAGAGGAAGAAGAGGAGGAAGAGGAGGAUGACAAAGAAGAGGAAGAGGAGGAAGAAGAGGAGGUGGAGGAAGAGGAGGAAGAAGAAGAAGAGGAAGAUCAUCAGCCCAGCUCUCCUCCGAGGCUGACAAAACCACAGUCUCUGGUAGUAAGCAGAAAGAGACCUUUUAUACUAAAGAAGAAAAGGGGUCGUAAGCGCAGGAGGAUCAACAGCAGCGUCACCACAGAAACAAUUUCUGAAACUACCGAGGUACUGAAUGAGCCAUUUGAAAAUUCAGAUGAAGAGAGGCCUAUGCCACAGCUGGAGCCUACCUGUGAAAUCGAGGGGGAGGAAGAUGACUUAAAGCCAAUAAUUAGGAAAAUGUUUCAGUAUCAACCUGGGAAGCAAAGACAAGAAGAGGAAGAAAAGGAGAAAGACAAUCAUUGCUAUAAGAACGACGAACCAGCUAGAAACAACCCCGAUGGAGCAAACAGUCUGAACGACGUUACUAAAGACAAUCCUGAACCUCUGAGAUGCAAACAAGGUUGGCCCAAAGGAGUGAAGCGGGGCCCAUCUAAAUGGAGGCAAAAUAAAGAAAGGAAAAUGGGUUUUAAACUUAAUUUAUACACACCCCCUGAGACUCCAAUGGAACCUGACUGCCAGGUAACAGUAGAAGAGCAGAAAGAAGCUUCUGAUGAGAAACCAUGCCAGGUUCCCGUGGUAGCAGAGGAGGCGAUUAAAGAAUCAUCUCUUCAGCCCGUACAGCCCCAAGAUGAAAAUGGAGACGAGAUAUCUGCGCCUCCAAGCCCUAACAAAAUAACUUUUGAAAAAUCCGAGAAUGGUGUAACAACCAAAGUUGAGGAAGGGGAAGAGGAGGAGGAGGAGGAGGAAGGAGAGGGGGAGGAGGAGGAAGUAGAGGAAGAGGAGGAGGAGGAGGAAGAAGAGGAGGAGGAGGAGGAGAGAGAAGGAGAUGCAGAAAGCGACAACACCAAAAGUCAGGAAAAAGACCCACCAGAAACCUGUGCCGAAAAAAAAGACCCCGUGGCCGUCGAUGAUCACGAAGAGGAAGAAGAAGAAGACGAAGAGCCGUCCCACAACGAGGAUCACGACGCAGAUGACGAAGAUGACGGUCACACGGACUUGGUGGAAGCCGAGAAGGAAGAGCUAGCAGGAGAAGCUUUCAAGGAGGCUCUGGAGAAUCAGGAGACUUUUUUAGACCUAAGUGUUCAAACCGGUAAUACCAAACCGGAGGAGUUAAUCGACUGCGGUGUUGACCUUUCAGCGACCCGUACCGACGAGUCAAAGGAAGUUGUCGCCGACGCGGAAGAUGCGCCCGGACCCGACGAGGAAGGUGUCGAAGAGAGAGCCGACCGGGAUCAAAAAGAUAGCGAGGAAUUAAAUCCUGAAUUCAAAGGAGAAACUACCGAAACCAUGGAGCUGGAUUCGGAGACCGCCCAAGCCGUUCAGUCCCUGACCCAGGAAAACGGCGAACAGGAUGAUACUUUUCAAGAUUGUUCUGAGACGCAGGCGGCCUGUAGAAGUCUCCAGAAUUACGCGCACGCUGACCAGAGUCCCCAGAUUUCCGCCCUGGAUGACUGCCAACAGUCUGAGCACAGCAGCCCCGUUUCGUCCGUCCAUUCGCAGCCCGGCCAGUCCGCGCGCUCCGUAAACAGCCCGACCGUCCCUCCGUUGGAGAACGGCUACGCUCAGAUCAGCCCGGAUCAAAGCGCCAUCUCCGUGCCCUCCCUGCAGAACAUGGAAACCAGCCCGAUGAUGGACGUCCCCUCGGUCUCCGACCACUCCCAGCAAGUGGUCGACAGCGGGUUCAGCGACCUGGGCAGCAUCGAGAGCACCACCGAGAACUACGAGAAUCCCAGCAGUUACGAUUCCACCAUGGGAGGGAGCAUCUGCGGCAACGGUUCUUCCCAGAACAGCUGCUCGUUCGGCAGCCUCACGAGCAGCAACCUGACGCAGAGUAGCUGCGCCGUCACCCAGCAGAUGUCCAGCAUCAACGGGAGCUGCAGCAUGAUGCAGCAGACGGGCAUCGGCUCUCCUCCCACUUGUAACGUCAAGUCUCCCCAGGGCUGCGUGGUGGAGAGGCCUCCGAGUAGCAGUCAGCAGCUGCCGCAGUGCAGCAUGGCCGCCAACUUUACCCCGCCUAUGCAGCUGGCUGAUAUCCCCGAGGCGGGCGGCGGCAACCUCGGCCUCUACGAGAGGAUGGGGCAGGGCGAAUUCGGGCCGGGCCAUUACCCGCAGCCCUCGGCCACCUUCAGCCUGGCCAAACUGCAGCAGUUGACCAAUACGCUGAUCGAUCAUUCGUUGCCUUACAGCCAUUCCGCUGCUGUAACUUCCUAUGCAAACAGUGCCUCUCUGCCCACUCCUCUAGGUAACGCGGGGCUCGUCCAGCUCUCUCAGUCGCCGCACCCCGUCCCCGGGGGGGCCCAGGUCCAAGCCACCAUGACCCCCCCCCCCAACCUGACUCCCCCGCCGAUGAACCUGCCUCCGCCGCUCCUGCAGCGCAACAUGGCCGCGUCCAACAUCGGACUCUCCCACACCCAAAGGCUGCAGACGCAGAUGGCCGGCAAGGGCCACGUGUCCAUGAGGACGAAAUCGGCGGCCCUGCCCCCCGCCGCGGCCGCGGCCGCCGCCGCCGCCGCCGCCGCCGCCGCCCAUCAGUCCCAGAUCUACGGGCGAGCUUCGCAGGCCGUCGCCAUGCAGGGCCCGGCGCGGACGCUGACCAUGCAGCGCGGCAUGAACAUGAGCCUCAUGCCGGCCCCGGCUUACAACGUCAACUCGGUGAACGUGAACAUGAACACGCUCAAUGCCAUGAACGGCUACAGUAUGCCGCAGCCGAUGAUGAACAGCGGAUACCACGGCAAUCACGGCUACAUGAAUCAGACUCCCCAGUACCCGAUGCAGAUGCAGAUGGGCAUGAUGGGGACACAGCCGUACGCGCAGCAGCCGAUGCAGGCCACACCCCACAGCAACAUGAUGUACACCCCGCCGGGCCACCACGGCUACAUGAACCCCGGCAUGCCCAAGCAAUCGCUCAACGGCUCCUACAUGAGAAGGUAGGCUGCGGGCGGGGGCCGGCGGGAAACCAGACGAACGUAUCGGAUUCAUCUGCGCAGGUAGCUCUGGAGAGCACGAUUUCAAA